GUGCAGAAACCAAACAUGGAUAUAUGGGAGAGUUUUGUGAAAAUCAAAUUGACAAAAUGCAGAUCCCUGAAGAACAUCUGGAGGAAGUACUCGUUUACAACUUUUCAGGGCCAGCACCACUUCCAUCCUCUCUUCCAGCUGGUCCAGGAGUAAAGGAUGCUGAUUAUCUCUUGUACAUCAACAGCAUGUAUUCAGAAUGGUGUCAGAAAGAGGAAAUACUAGCUUAUGCCUCCUAUUGUCAACUGGACCAGCAUGAUCGGCCUGUAGCAGGAUAUAUAAAUUUUUGCCCUGCACAUUUUGAUGAUACUACUUACAAUGAGGAGAAAUCAGUUCUUGUAAGUGACAAAGAUGUAUUGAGGAUUUCAAGGUUAUGCCAAUGUCUUGUAACAUCAACGUAUUUCAAACACAUGAAAUAUAAUUUUUGAUGUUUGUUUGUUGCUGGUGUUUACAGAAUUCCUCAGGAUUCAAGUGUUUUUUUUUUCACACAUUCCAAAUAUUUC